AGAGAGAGAGAGAGGAUGGCAAUGGCGUCGCUUCUCCGACGACUCUCCUCGCCGCCGAGCAGCUUCCCUUCCGUUCGACCUCUCGCCUACGGCGGUUCCCUCCGUUGCGCGUCUUCAUUUUCGAAUGAAGCAGUUCAGGACAAAGAGUCGGCUCGCGCUACCUGGAUUAAGCAACUGAAUGAACCGCUGGAGGUCAUUGAUCCUGAAAUCGCCGACAUUAUUGAACUCGAGAAAGCGAGGCAAUGGAAGGGCCUUGAGCUUAUUCCUUCGGAGAAUUUCACUUCGGUGUCAGUAAUGCAAGCAGUUGGUUCGGUGAUGACUAACAAAUAUAGUGAAGGGUAUCCAGGUGCUCGGUAUUAUGGAGGAAAUGAGUAUAUAGACAUGGCAGAAACUUUAUGUCAGAAGCGUGCAUUGGAGGCCUUUCGAUUGGAUCCUGCAAAAUGGGGAGUUAAUGUUCAAUCACUGUCUGGAUCACCAGCCAAUUUUCAAGUUUACACUGCAUUACUGAAACCUCAUGAGAGAAUCAUGGCACUUGACCUUCCUCAUGGUGGCCAUCUUUCACAUGGUUACCAGACAGACACGAAGAAAAUAUCUGCAGUUUCCAUAUUUUUUGAGACGAUGCCGUACAGACUGAAUGAAACCACGGGAUAUAUUGAUUAUGACCAGUUGGAGAAAAGUGCGAUCCUCUAUCGGCCAAAGUUGAUAGUAGCUGGUGCUAGUGCCUAUGCACGACUCUAUGAUUAUGCACGUAUUAGAAAGGUCUGUGACAAACAAAGAGCUAUACUGCUGGCAGAUAUGGCUCACAUUAGUGGGUUGGUUGCUGCUGGAGUCAUCCCAUCUCCCUUUGAAUAUGCUGAUGUUGUGACAACUACCACUCACAAGUCACUUCGUGGGCCUCGUGGAGCAAUGAUUUUCUUCAGAAAGGGGCUGAAAGAGAUUAACAAGAAAGGGCAAGAGGUUCUCUAUGACUACGAAGACAAGAUCAAUCAGGCUGUUUUUCCAGGACUUCAAGGAGGCCCUCACAAUCACACCAUUGCUGGCUUGGCUGUUGCACUCAAGCAGGCCAUGACUCCUGAGUACAAGGCCUAUCAAGAGCAAGUUCUCAGCAAUUGCUCAAGAUUUGCUCAGAGUCUGUUAGAGAAGGGCUAUGAACUUGUAUCUGGCGGAACUGAGAACCAUUUGGUCUUGGUAAAUUUGAGGAACAAGGGUAUUGAUGGCUCUAGAGUUGAGAAAGUAUUGGAGUCGGUUCAUAUAGCUGCAAACAAAAACACUGUCCCUGGGGAUGUGUCUGCCAUGGUUCCUGGUGGUAUCCGCAUGGGGACCCCUGCGCUCACAUCCAGGGGCUUUGCAGAGGAGGAUUUUGCAAGAGUAGCCGAUUUCUUUGAUGCUGCUGUCAAAUUGGCCUUGAAGGUCAAGGCUAAUUCUCAAGGAACUAAGUUGAAGGAUUUUGUGGUAACCAUGCAAUCAGAUGCCAAUGUUCAAUCUGAAAUUGCAAAACUCCGUGAAGAGGUGGAAGAAUAUGCCAAGCAAUUUCCAACAAUCGGCUUUGAGAAAGAAACAAUGAGAUACAAAAACUAAAGGAGUCAUCCUGAUGUUGCAGCUUCAACAAUGGCUCUCCACAGAUUUGCUGCCAGCACGCAUAGGCCAUGUCAUGUCUAUUCUUGUGAAAACGGCUGGAUCGUUGGACAUGGCUGGUAGAUUGGAGGACUCAAUCCUUUUGCUUUCUUGCAGCAGUCUCAGGAGAUUUGUAUACUCGGGCCUGUUAAGUGUCUGAUUUGUUUCCUUUUAAAAUAUGUAUGCUGUGAAAAUUGAAGUAUAUUUGUCAACCCAAGAAAUAAGAAAAAAAUAAAGGGAGUUUCCCUUCCGGCCACGUGUCAUACCAGAGUGCA